AUGACUCCAUUUCGUUAUAUGUUGUUAUAUUAUGCAGUCACUGUUGCUUCCAUUUUAUCCAGUUCUGGUGGUGCCGUGAAACUUGAUUUAUCCAUUUCUGGUGAGCAUAUGUACUAUAUCGAGGAUCUUUCUUUGGGUACACCACCACAACCCAUUACAAAUAUUAUUGUCGACAGUGGAUCCUCAGAUUUGAUGAUUGUUGAGUCAAUUUAUAAUGCUUCUGUCUCGUCUUCGUUUGUUGACACAAACCAGUCCUUCUUUAUGCGAUACGGGUUUGAUGAUCCUUUCCCAGUAUUUAAAAUUUAUGAAAAUAUUGAAUCUCCAGAGUUUAAAUUAUCCAAUUUGACUAUGGGAUAUGCUCAUUUUUCUGAUAUCCAAAGUUUUUCAGGUGUUUUGGGUAUUGGUUUUACCGGUCAAGAGUUGUUUGGUACAAAUUACUCUAAUUUCCCUUACUUGUUAAAAGAGCAGGGGCUUACAAAAAGUGUUUUGUUUUCAUUCAAUGGGCAAGAUGGAAACUAUCCUGCUAUUAUUUUUGGUGGAUUAAGUACAAAUAUAAUUGACGGUCCUUUGGUUAAAGUUCCUUUUGUUAAAGAAAUUGGUCUCUCGAGUCAGUUGGAUUACUGGCUAAUUCCAGCGUUCACCGUUAAUGAGGUUAAACUUGAUGAUGUGGUUAUUUCCAAUCAAAACACUUUGUAUCAAAUUGACUCUGGUAGCAAUGGAUUCCUUCCACCAGAACCAGUUUUGGAUAAUCUUGUAUCACUUUUAGGUAACAAUUAUAUUGAAUCUGAUGAUGGGUAUGCAUAUUAUGAUAUCAAAGACAUUGAAGAGAAAGAGUUAAAGUUCAACGUACAAGGAUUUGAGAUUGGGUUUGCAUUAACAGAUAUUAUUGGAGAAACUGUUGAAAAAGAUGGAAAUACUUAUGUUGCUUUGAAUCUUGCAUCAUACAAUAUUGGGUAUGAUUCCUUCGAUGCAGUCCUUCCCAAUUUGAUCUUUAAAUAUUAUUAUGGUAUCUUUGACUAUGAAAAUUACCAGGUGUACUUUGGGAAAUACAAAGAACCAGCAGGUCAAGGUAAUGUAAUUCCUAUUGUUGACGGAGAUAAUUUACCAUAUCCCACAAUAGAUGUUCCAGAUCAGUGGAAUACCUAUUCUGUUAUAUACGACGCAGAAAGUGAAACAACCGUUGUUUUGAAUGAUACAGAAACCACAACCAGUACCACAGUUUCAACCGAAAUAAACUCUUUAACUUCAACCCAAACAUCCUCCACAACUUUCGUUAAUAUAUGUUAUAGAGUAUAG